AUGUGGUUCUGUUAUCUGUUAUUAACUUUCGCCAUUGCUACAAUUGAAGUAGAGGCAGUGGUGGCUAAUUGUUGUACAAAUAAACCAUCGAAUGGAACAGCGGCACUCUGUGCCAAUGAUUGGGCUACUCGUUCACAAGUUCACUCAGUGAAUCGGUUAUUCAUGUUUGGCCAGAAUGUUAACAUCAUCGCUUUGAAGCAUCUCAAUGUUAUCAAGGGAGACCCUCACCUGCCCAUCAAUCUCAUCUCACCAAACAACAAUUGUGGCCUUAAACUUAAGCCCGGUCAAACCUAUCUGCUCACUGGUCAACGAGGCCAUAAUAUUCCCGGAACAGAGAUCUAUGCGACUCGAUGUUCACAGUACAAUCAAUUGCAGUCUCCACUUUUGAGCAAGAUUCCACCGAAAACCCUCUCUAGUCUCAAAUUCUCUCCUGUUGUCUCGCAAGGAGGAUGGAACUUUAAUGUAGCCGAUAUUUUUACUGCCAAGCCACCAACUUUGGACGACUUUGUGAAGGAUUACAACGAGUUCGUCAAGCGCUUCAACAAGAACAUCCAACCCGAAGAGUUACCCAAUCAUUUCAACGAAUUCGUGAAGAAAGUCGGCGACAUGCCAAGCGAUUUCUUCAACGCUCUCACAUUGUUGCCCACUGCACUCGCACAUGCGAGAAUUUUACCG